AUGGACGAAGAAAACUGCGGAACCGCAUCUGGAUCUACAAACAAGGGAAAUACAACACCAGAAUGUUGGGCUGAUGCAGGUCUGACAAAAAUCCGGACCCUCCCUAUCCCAGAGGCACCCCAAAAUCCAAAAAUCAGCGUAGAAGAGGUUUUAGAAGCUGCUACGGAACAAAAUGCCCAUUCGGAAGAACCACAAAGUGAGGAUUUUGAAAAAAUUCCUUCUACCCAGACUGAACAGCAACCAAAGCCAAAACUACGAAAACAUCGUAAACAAUUGUUUACUCGCACAGUGAAGUGGUGGCGAAAACUAAAGGGUAAAUUUUCUGAACCAAAAGACGAUUACUUACCACCACCGCAGCCAAUAAAGCAGAGAAAGAACCCCUUGUGGAGCGAAACCUAUGGUAAAGAAAUAGCGUCGUCUUUAGAUAAAAGAGAACUUAAAAGGCAAGAAACAAUCAAUGAACUCCUGCAAGUACAGAUUAAUCUAAUCGAAGACCUUUUAAUAGUACAAAAGAUUUAUCGCGACCCCCUAUUGCUUUUAGGUUUUCUUUCCGAAGGCGAGGCUAGACGGAUCUUUGGCGGAAUCGAGUUCCUGUUGCCUAUUCACAUCCAACUGCGAGAUGGACUGUUUCAAACAAUAGUGCCAGAUGGACGAUUUGACAACAUAGGGCAAGUGGUUAAAAAUUGCAUACCGAAAUUAGAAGUUUACGUCGCCUAUUGUUCCAAGUUAUUCAAAGUUGAAAAACUGUUGAGCAAGAAAAGAUCAACCAGCCGUUCUUUUGCAGAUUUCCUCAACCGGUGCGAAACUUCUAGCUUUUCACGGCGUCUCGAUUUAUGGAGCUUUUUGGAUUCCCCGAGAUCACAUGUAAUGAACAUACCGCUACUGAUAAAGCAGAUACUAAAAUCAACGCUAGAAACAAACGCCGACCACGGCAUGCUAGGAAAAAGUCUUAUAGAACUUUAUGACGUUCUAGCAAGAGUUGAUAAAGCAAUCGGAGAUGCAACUUGUUAA